AUGAAGAUCUUUGCGGUCGCCCUUGUGGUGGUUCUGGCGCUUGCGCUGCACAACGUCGCUCUCGCGACUCCGCUGGACGACUACAUCAGCGCUCCGGACCCGACCUUUUCGUGGAAGGUGAACAAUACCUUCAGGUCGACCGUGCUCGGCUACACCGCCUACAAUAUCGAGCUGGUUUCGCAGACCUGGAUGACCUCCAACGAGACCAACCAGCCCGUCUGGAAGCAUUGGCUGCAGGUGUGCGUGCCCGACCAGCCGGACACGCGCUAUUCCGACAGCGCCUUCCUUUACAUCGACGGUGGUCACACGAAGGACCCCGUGCCCAAGUCCUUCAACCUGGUGCCCGAGUUCGUGUGCUUCCAGUCGCGCACCGUCGGCGUCGCCCUGCUUCAGAUUCCGAACCAGCCCAUCGUCUACUACAAGGACGGCAAGGGCAGGAGCGAGGAUGCCAUGAUCGCGUACGCGUGGAGGCACUUCCUGAACAACACCGACCUGCUGCCGGAGGUCGCUAUCUGGCUUCCGCGUCUCCCGAUGACCAAGGCCGUGGUCAAGGCCAUGGACGCCGUGCAGGCGUUCAUUGCCACGCUCAAGAACCCGAGCAUCCCCGCCGUCAACAACUUCGUCGUGGCCGGUGCUUCGAAGCGCGGCUGGACCACUUGGACUGCCGCCGCUGUCGACAAGCGUAUCGUGGGUAUCGUCCCGAUGGUGAUGCCCAUCCUGAACAUCGUUCCCAACAUGAACCACCACUACCAGGCCUACGGUGGCUGGAGCUUUGCUCUGAGUGACUACCUCCAGCAGGGGUGUAUGGGUUUCCUGAACAAGCCCGAGUUCUUGGACAUGGCUGCCAUCGUGGACCCGUACACCUACAGGGACCGUCUGACGAUGCCCAAGAUGAUUCUCACUGCCACCGGCGAUGAGUUCUUCCUCCCCGAUUCUCCGCAGUUCUUCAUCAACGAGCUCCCCGGCGAGACUCACCUGAACCUCAUUCCCGAUGCCGAGCACGCCCUCGUGACGGCCUACGUCGAUGUUACCUUCACCCUCAGCGGCUUCUACCAGAUGGUGAUCUCCAAGACCCCGCGCCCCUCGUACACCUACGAGAUCAUCAAGUCCAACACCACCGCCAGCAUCAAGGUCCAAGUCGACACCGCCAACCCGCCCACGUCGGUCACGCUGUGGCAUGCCAGCACCCUGUCGUCCACCAUGAGGGACUUCCGCNNNGGUAUCGUCCCGAUGGUGAUGCCCAUCCUGAACAUCGUUCCCAACAUGAACCACCACUACCAGGCCUACGGUGGCUGGAGCUUUGCUCUGAGUGACUACCUCCAGCAGGGGUGUAUGGGUUUCCUGAACAAGCCCGAGUUCUUGGACAUGGCUGCCAUCGUGGACCCGUACACCUACAGGGACCGUCUGACGAUGCCCAAGAUGAUUCUCACUGCCACCGGCGAUGAGUUCUUCCUCCCCGAUUCUCCGCAGUUCUUCAUCAACGAGCUCCCCGGCGAGACUCACCUGAACCUCAUUCCCGAUGCCGAGCACGCCCUCGUGACGGCCUACGUCGAUGUUACCUUCACCCUCAGCGGCUUCUACCAGAUGGUGAUCUCCAAGACCCCGCGCCCCUCGUACACCUACGAGAUCAUCAAGUCCAACACCACCGCCAGCAUCAAGGUCCAAGUCGACACCGCCAACCCGCCCACGUCGGUCACGCUGUGGCAUGCCAGCACCCUGUCGUCCACCAUGAGGGACUUCCGCCUGGUCAAGUGCACCAAGCUGCCCGAUUGCUUGAACCCUGUGAUCUGGUACUCCGAGGAGCUGCAGGAGGCCCUGCCCGGCUCCGGCAAGUACCUGGCCACCAAGAGCGCCCCCAUCUACGGCUGGACCGGUUUCCUCGUCGAGCUUGUCUGGGAGUACCGGAAAUUCAUCACCACGACCGAGGUCAACAUCGUGCCUGACACCAUGCCCUUCGCGCCCUGCGGCGACCACUGCCAGUGA